GUUAAACUUCAUAGAAGAAGAACAAGAAGAAGAACAAGAACAAGAACAAGAACACUAAUUUCUGCUGCAGCGUCGACUCUGAGCUAAAAGCAUUGUUGUCCCAUUUCGGCGUCUGUACAUUUCCGGGAAGUUCUAGCUAACGCGGUGCAUUCAUCCAGUCCUGUGCAUUUACAUCCCGUUUUCAGCAAGUAGAUAGAUAGAUCCUUUAUAGAAUACUUUAUUUAAACUUGACACUCAAAAAUGCGCAGAAGGACAGACGGUCAAGAAGCCACUGGAGAUGCUAGGACAGACAGAAAGACUGACAGACAGACUGCAGGUUCAGGAGAGACCAGGCAACAACAUCGACCACAACAAGGGGCUAAAGCGAGCAGAUGCUGGUCGACCAUUACCUCAGUUGGAAAAUGUCUCCUCCUCAUCAUCCUCAUCCCUCCCUUUCUGAACUAUGCAUCAUUGCAAAGAGAGGGCCAACUGUUACUGCCAGAAGAUGGUGAAAUUAUAGAUAUCGGUUUAGGUCAAAAGAUGCACCUGAUGUGCAAAGGACAAGGACAGCCAGUUGUCAUACUGGAUGCCCCCACUGGUAUGUCCUCUGACAUCUGGUUCCAUGUACAAGAGAACAUUGCACUGCUAACCAAGGUGUGCACUUAUGACCGAGUGGGACUGGGGUUCAGCAAAAGAGUCCUGCAGAAUGAAAGUACGGGGACGGAGAAAGUCUGGGGGAUGUCAACCACUGGACGAAUGGUGGACAACCUCCACCGGCUCAUCAGGUUAGCUGGUCUAGCCACGCCUCUCAUCCUGGUGGGAUCUGAACUGGGCACGCUCAACGCCAGGUUCUACAGCCAUAUCCAUGACGCGCAGGUGUCAGACCUUGUCCUUAUUGAUCCCAUUCCAGAGGACAUCUUUGAGGAGGACCAGUGGCAGAAGUACUGGUACAGUCAGCUGGUGCCAUCCCUCCAAGCCAUGCAAUUCUCAGCUGCCACAGGCAUCAGCCGCAUCCUCAUCAUUCUGGGUGUGCUAAAGCCCGCCAUCAUGGGGGACAACAUUGCUGAAGACCUCAUUCAGAGACAGAAGUACCUCCUCAGUAACCCAGCCCACCAGAGCAGUGCUGUAGAUGAGCAUUUUUUCCUGAAUGAAAGUGCUUCUCAAGUCAGGGAAAUCUCCAAAUUCAAACCCCUCUCCAGUAGGACUUCUGUGAGUGUGAUUAUUGGGGAUUCUUUUGAUGACCAAAUUCCUGCUCCUCUAAACCAAGACUCCCAGGCAACCCGGCGCUUCACCGAAGAACCUAGACCAUUGUUCCGCCGUCUUUGGGAAUUCGGGAAAAUCAGGUGGUGGCCCAGCUUCAGAAGACGUUACUGGAGCAGACUUACCCCUCGGCCAACCAGAUCCAUGUUAAAGGAGGGGACCGCAGGAUGAUCUACAAGAGGCCGUCUGUUGUUAGCAAACACCUGUGGAAGCUGGUGUCCCAACGGCAGUCCAAACAGCAGAGCCAAUGACCAUAGAGAUCUAUAGAAGACAUCUAGUUCUAUUGCUCUAAUUUCAAGGUUUGAAUUCUGUGGCAGUGACACACUGAUUCUGCUGCCAAAUGUCUCAACUACACUCACAACCUGAAGAUGAAAUCAUAUGUCAGAGGUUCCAUGUUUAGUUUUAUUCCAGUGAGGAUUUUUGACAUGAAUAUACUUGACGUGUAUGUCCACACAUGAAACCGGUUUCAAUCGAUUGAUUUAUUUUUUGUGUACUUUAUUACCAGUACAAAUAUCAGACAGUUUUGCCUUAAUGUUUGUAAAUAAAUAAUAAAGUCUUCUGAAUUUG